AUGGGGGGGCUCGCCGGGGGGCUCGGGCACCGCUGCCCGCCCCUGCCCCUGGCGCUGGGGCUCUGCUGCCUGCUGCUGCCCCCCGCCGCCGCCUCCUGGAGCCCCCAGCCCCGCAGCAACUGGUGCUCCUACGCGGUGACGAGGACGGUGUCGUGCCUGGUGCAGAACGGCACCUUCCUGCAGCGCGUCUUCCAGGGCUGCCGCUGGCCGCUGCCCUGCAGCGGGGGCAGCUACCGCGCCGUCGUCCGGCCCGCGUACAGGGUGGCCUUCAGGACGGUGACGGCGCUGGAGUGGAGGUGCUGCCCCGGGCACGUCGGGGCCACCUGCGAGGAAGAGCCCCAAGCCUUCCUCGCGCUGCGGGACACCGUGCGCCCCAGCACCGCGCCGCGCCGGACCCCCCUGCGCCCCACGGCUUUCUCAGGGUGCCUGAACUGCAGCCAUGUCGGGGAGCUGACGGCACGCCUGGCCACCCUGGAGGCGCAGGUGGCCCGGCUGUCGGUGGCCGAAGCCCCCCAGUCCCCAGCACCCAAAGGUGCCAGCAGGGGUCCGGACACCAGGCAGCUCUGGGGGUCCCCGGCUGCCCAGGGGAGCCCCGGGGAUGAAGGCAGACCCGGCUCGCAGGGCCCCCCCGGCCCCAAGGGAGACGCAGGAGGACGGGGACCCUCGGGCGUUCCGGGGGUGAAGGGUCCCUCGGGGCCCCCAGGUCCCCCCGGCCCCCCGGGCCCCCCCGGCCGCGAUGGAGCCAGGGGGCUCCCCGGGGAGAAGGGCUUACCCGGCCCCCCCGGCCCCCCCGGGCCACCCACCCCCGUGGGGCCAGCCAUCCCCCGGCUCGCUGACCCACGGGACCCGCUGCUCUCCAACACCUUCACCGAAGCGGCUGGGGGCAUCAUGGGCCCCAUUGGCCCCCCCGGCCCCAUGGGGCCGAUGGGACCCCCCGGCCCCCCAGGACCCAUGGGGCUGCCCGGCCCUCCAGGCCCCGAUGGGAGAGCCGGGGCGCCCGGAGCCGUGGGUCCCCGCGGGGACAAAGGUGACAGGGGCCCCCAGGGACACCCGGGCAGCCGCGGCCAGGACGGGGCGCAGGGCGAGCCGGGCCCCAAGGGCGAGCCGGGCGACAAGGGCACAUGGGCCCAUAGCUUCCAGAGCCUCCUGCGGCAGCAGGCCCGGCUGGAGGUCCUGGCCAGGAGGGUCACCUUGCUGGAAGCCAUCAUCUGGCCAGAACCCGAGCCCGGUUCGGGCAGUGGGGGUCCGGCGGCGCCCGGCCCCCCCCGCGGCAGGCGCGGCCGCUCGACCCCAGCCCGCGGCGCAGCCCCCCGCCAGGACCCCCCCGGCGGGCCCUGA